UGCCGCCGCCGGCUCCCCGCCGCCCGGGCCCGGGCCGGCCGCGCCGGGGGCCGCUGCGCUGUCGCCCUGCUGCUCCGCCGCCGGCCGGGCAUGAGUUAGUCGCAGACAUGGACACCAAACAUUUCCUGCCGCUCGACUUCUCCACCCAGGUCAACUCUUCAUCCCUCAGCUCUCCAGCGGGUCGAGGUUCCAUGGCUGCCCCCUCGCUUCACCCCUCCCUGGGCCCGGGAAUCGGCUCUCCACUGGGCUCCCCUGGGCAGCUGCACUCACCCAUCAGCACCCUGAGCUCUCCCAUCAAUGGCAUGGGUCCACCCUUCUCUGUCAUCAGCUCCCCUAUGGGCCCGCACUCCAUGUCGGUACCCACCACACCCACACUGGGCUUCGGGACUGGUAGCCCUCAGCUCAGCUCACCCAUGAACCCUGUGAGCAGCAGUGAGGACAUCAAGCCCCCGCUGGGCCUCAAUGGCGUCCUCAAGGUUCCUGCCCACCCCUCAGGAAACAUGGCCUCCUUCACCAAGCACAUCUGUGCUAUCUGUGGGGACCGCUCCUCAGGCAAGCACUAUGGGGUAUACAGUUGUGAGGGCUGCAAGGGCUUCUUCAAGAGGACAGUACGCAAAGAUCUGACCUACACCUGCCGUGACAACAAGGACUGCCUGAUCGACAAGAGGCAGCGGAACCGGUGUCAGUACUGCCGCUACCAGAAGUGCCUGGCCAUGGGCAUGAAGCGGGAAGCUGUGCAGGAGGAGCGGCAGCGAGGCAAAGACCGGAAUGAGAAUGAGGUGGAGUCCACCAGCAGUGCCAAUGAGGACAUGCCUGUAGAGAAGAUUCUGGAAGCCGAGCUUGCUGUUGAGCCCAAGACUGAGACAUAUGUGGAGGCAAACAUGGGGCUGAACCCCAGCUCACACGUGUCUCUCAGCGGUGGGGAAGACCUGAUGAGCUGCUCCAACAAAUGGCCAGUGCCUUCCACGCCCAACGACCCCGUCACCAACAUCUGCCAAGCGGCAGACAAGCAGCUCUUCACCCUUGUGGAGUGGGCCAAGAGGAUCCCGCACUUCUCUGAGCUGCCCCUGGACGACCAGGUCAUCCUGCUUCGAGCAGGCUGGAAUGAGCUGCUUAUUGCCUCCUUCUCUCACCGCUCCAUAGCUGUGAAGGACGGGAUCCUCCUUGCCACUGGCCUGCAUGUACACCGGAACAGUGCUCACAGCGCUGGGGUGGGCGCCAUCUUUGACAGGGUGCUGACAGAGCUGGUGUCUAAGAUGCGGGACAUGCAGAUGGACAAGACGGAGCUGGGCUGCCUGCGAGCCAUUGUCCUCUUCAACCCCGACUCCAAGGGGCUCUCAAACCCUGCUGAGGUGGAGGCGCUGAGGGAGAAGGUGUACGCGUCACUAGAGGCGUACUGCAAACACAAGUAUCCGGAGCAGCCGGGCAGGUUUGCCAAGCUGCUGCUUCGCCUGCCUGCACUGCGUUCCAUCGGCCUCAAGUGCCUGGAGCACCUGUUCUUCUUCAAGCUCAUCGGGGACACGCCCAUUGACACUUUCCUCAUGGAGAUGCUGGAGGCCCCACAUCAAACCACCUAGGUCCCUGCCACCCACGCGCCAGUCCCGCGCCCCGCCUGGACACAGCUGCUCAGCUCCAGCCCUGUCCCUGCCCUUUCUGAUGGCCCAUGUGGAUCUUUGGGGUGCAGUGUCCCUUGGUCCCAAAAGAUGCGUCACCAUCCUCGUCAUCUUUAUUACUGCUUGCCUUUGGCCCAGGGCCAUGGCAAGAGCUGGUGUGAGACCCAGCCAGCCUCCAUCCCCACAUCGGACUGUUAGGCUACACUGUUGUCACCCUGAGGGGCUU